GCGAAGAUGGCGGAAGUGAACGUAUUAAACAAGAGUUCUCUCACCAUGGCACUUUCUCCCUUAUUAUUUGCCAGUUUAUUAAUUAGCUGCUGUUAUGGCCAAGUACCACUGGUUAUGUGGGCAAGCGAAGGGAAUGCGCUGCCAUCUCAGGACCGUCCUACAGUUGGCCAGAUGAUGUCCGUAGACCAAGUAAAGACCUCCCUGACCUCUGCUCUAGCCACUGCACCCCACACUGUCCUGCUGUUCCUACAAGACAAAUUGAGCAUGGAGGACUUCACAGUGUACGGCGGUGCGUUUGGAGACAAAGAGGCCGGAGCCUUCCCCAACCUCCAGGCGUGCUUGAAGGUAGCCUCUUCCCCACUGGUCUUGCCCAGUUUGGCCAGGGGUGUGACCGCAGAGGUGCCUGCUCUGCUGCAGGAGACUCUGGGCACCUCUCCACUCUACACUGACCUCUCCAGCCUGGACCAACAGAGCCUGGACAGUGGCCCCGCCCUGCUGGUCAUCGGUCUGCCUUACAGCUCAGGGCCCCAGACAAAGAAGGUCCUACAUCAGAAUGAUGAGAUGAUAGGCAAAGUGCUGCAGAUCAUGAAGACAAAAAAAGUGCCAUACACAGCCAUCUACACUGGCCUCCAGCCCUCCCGGGUGAUUGAGGAUUCCUCCGUGAUGAUUGAGCCUCUGGUGAGCCGCCAUUUGCUCCAGACCCCAGCGCCUGGAGUGAAGCCCCCGGUGAUGUUCAACAACACCGACGGCCCCUGCAUUCUGCUGUGGACAGACACCCUGAGGGUCGGCUACCGGCCGAACAUCAACUCCCCGUUUAACACGACGGACCUGGCUCCCCUCGCCUUCACCUUGGCCGGAUCCUCGUGCAGUGAGAACUCCUCAGUCCUUGUGCUCAACUACAACAACGUGUUAAGCUUCACCAGUCUUACAGUGACGUUUGUCUUGACGAAGCGUCUUUUCCCUGUGUCGGCGCGGAACUGGACCAUAGUGGAACAGGUCAGGCUGAGCUAUGACGGGGGCCAGACGGCCAUCUUUAACAGCAGUAGGGGCAUCUACUCGCCGGCGGAGUACUCCUUCCACUGCCAGACGGUCAGCAGCAACACUACUCAUGACCCUCUGCUGGUUCCUUUCAAUGUAACGGUCUCCGACAUGUGGAGCAUGGAGUUCACCGACUUCCAGAUCCAGGGCUUCAACGUCACGGCAACGGGGGACUUCUCCUACGCCAGCGACUGCGCGGGCUUCUUCACGCCGGGCAUCUGGAUGGGCCUGCUGACCACUCUGCUCAUGGUCUACAUCCUCACCUACGGGCUGCACAUGAUCAUGCAGCUGCGCACCAUGGACCGCUUCCAGGACCCCAAGGGGCCCAGCCUCUCCGUGCCCCUCAGCGAGUGACCUCGUAGCUGCUCCGGCUCUCCCCCUCCCAUCGUCCCCCUUCUCUCCCUUUGCUCUGUUUUAUUGGUCUCCUAGACUUCUCUCUCUAAAGCCCCAUUCACGCCAAAGAUUCCCGACGCGACGAGACUGAGUUGCAGUGGUGUGAAUUAGAAGUUGCACGUAGCCUAGUUGCAAGCCGUCGCAGAGCAUUAAACACGUUGAGUCGCAGUCGCAAGGUUUUAGAACGUCGCGGCUCGGCUCGGCUCGUCGGGAAUCUUUGGUCUGAACCCUACUUAAGGGCCCUUUCAUAGGCUAUGCAAAAGCUACAUGGACGCCAAUGCAUCCAUGUUUUUCGAGCUACACAAAGAAGUGCUUGAUGCAUACUUGUGUAGCAAAAUGUGUCGUCCAGAUGUUUGUGACGUGUCUUAAACGCAAGUGCCAUUUCACACAUUUUUGAUUGGUCCAUGUAGUACACCUGGCUUGUGUAGGCUGCGGAAGGGCCUGUAAACACCUUUGUGAGCCUUGUAGAUACAACUGUAUCGGCAUAGUUUGCGAAGACUAUGAAAUGGCCCUUGUUGUUGUUCUUCUUCUUCUCUGUUGAUUGUUGGGUUCACUCUGGGUCUGUCUUUCUCUCUAUGUGAAUGCUCUUUUGCCACAUACAUAGUGUGAACCCAAUGUUACAGUGUACACCUGUGGAUCAUUCCAUUCCUAGACUCCAAACUCGAUCCUCCUUCCCUCCUCACCUUUGCCCUCCACCAGAUUGAUAUUUAAUUCAUGUCUUUGUGUGUGUGAGAGAAUGGCUGUCAUUUUUGUUUUUUAGUGUGUAUGUACCAGUGUAAAGUCUGUGAUAUCAUGUCAAAAUGCACUGUCAGGAUAUUUAAUUUAUACGUAUUAAGAUGAGAUAUGCAGCCUGUUGCCUGUGCCUGUCCUCAGUCUGACCCCUUCCGAGUGGGCGGCUCUUUCUGUUUCCCUGGCAACCCUUACUCAGAAUGGUUCUUAUUUUGUAUAUCCUUCUGCCCUUGUACCUGCCAUGCUUCUCUAGUGCCUGCAGGUCUGCCUGCUCCUCUUACCCCCAUAUUCAUAGGUGUCACAAGUGCAUUAAGCUUUACAUAGACCUCUGACGUUCGGGUCCAAAACAACCCAAAGCUGCCAUCUUUGCCCAUAUAAGGAGAUCCGGAUGUUAAUUGAAGCAAUGGCAAGUUGCAUUGCAAGUUAGCUCUGGGGUAGCAAAUAUCUAAGUUUGCCAUCCCUGCGAAAGUUUAACAGGUGCGAUCAUUUAAAACCCCCAUGUUAUUUUCCUAGAGGAAAAAUCGCAAGAUACCUCGAAGAUGUAUCUUGUAUCUCGAAGAUCUCGAAUAUGGCAGCUUUUUUUGUAGGCGAACUUCAGAGGUCUAUUGUUCUGCAUUGCUACCGGUUAUACUGAUGUUCUGCCUUAUCUCCUUACUGAGUGCCAAAUUAGAUUCACUGUGUACGACUAUACAGGCAUUGAGGUGACGAUUAUCGGCUAAUAGCUGAAUCAAUCAAUGAUGAGAGUCAAAGCAUCUCGGCUGCUUUAGGACAUGCUCCACUACCAGUAGUUUUAUAUGAAUCUGAUGAUGGCUAAGAUCAUUUUCAGGUGCCAAUGCUUCUGUACGUCCUCUCCAUCCCUGGAAGCUGUGCAAUGUAACCCCAUGGUAGGCAGAAUGAGGGUUGUGCCUUUACAGAGUAAACCAUGUGCCUGUCUGACACUUGUACUGUGCGUUCUUUUGGUCUUUGGUUGUCCCUUGGGAAAACAUGCCAACUCCAUUGUUUUGUGGGCCUGAUUUAGCUUGAGAGUACACUUAAGUAUACUUGCGCUUGUACAUAUUUAAAUCCUCUGUAGUUGAGUAAGAACAGCAGUGCCUUAGAUUUGUUAGAACCAAAGAUAACGUGGACUUACCAAGCUAGAUUCAUCUUGUGUUUCACAGUCCACUGCAUAUGGAUUUGUGUGUGUGUACAUGGCGAUGCACACACACCUGAUCGCAGCAGUGGAGUAUUGAUCGGGAAAGUUCCCAGCCAGCCGACAACGCUUCGAGCCCAGGCCGAAUACUUAAAAAGGGGAUGAUUGUCCCUACUUUGCGUAAGGUCUUUGCUGUGCCCUGUGUGAUUGCAGCCCCUCUCUCAUUCUCUCCCCACAGCCCUGGUAAUACCAUUGUCAUGACGUGAAAUGCAGAACUGAAGAUUUAAGAUGUGCAAUGAAGUAAAACAAGUUUUAAAUAACCCCUACUCUCCCACUGGGAACUUGAAAUCUCCUGGUAGUAGGAAUGAAUGCUCCACUCCGCCCCCUGCACAUACUGUACCUGAUUGUGUGUGUGAUGUAAAGCGUCUCUCUCCUCUCCUCCACGGGCUCAGCCCAAGCUCUGGAACAGGACUUUGUGAUUGACAAUGACAACAGCUGUGAUUGUGCCUUCUGUAUUUGAGAUGUCAUAAUGGUACAAGCAUCAUUCCAGUUUUUGUUCGUUAGGACUACUAGAGCUAAUAAAGUGCAUUUGAACGUU